AUAACGAUAAGAUAGUAUGAUCUUCAAUUAGUUUGGCGACUAUAUAUACUUGUAUCGCUUCUUAUUCAUACUGAAUAUUUUAUUUAACGAUGGCUCCUCCUGAGACUCCCUCUGUUGACUCUCAUCUUUCUUCACCACAAUUCUUGACUUCUUCUCAAGUAAAACACAACCAUAUAAUGUCUCCUUCAAAUUCUAUAGACUUACAAUCUCUUACUUCCUUAUAUCAAAAGGCAAAAGAUGAUUUUCUUUUACGAAAAUAUGAUUCUGCGCAUUCACUAUGUUCCGCUGCAAUCUCUAAACUCACAAAUUUCUCACCGAUUUCUUCCUCACCUUCAGCAAAAAUUUUACAAACUAAAAUUUGGAUCCUCUAUAUUAAUCUAAUUGCAGCUGUAUUUGCAGAAAAACCGCCAAUAAUAACAAAAGAUCUCGAGAUUAAGAGACUUUUAGAACGAUCAGCUGAGAAAGUUGUUAGCGACGUAUGGCUUAAAGUUAUUAAUGAAGGAUAUGGCGAGGAAACUGGCGAAGUUCCUGGUGAAGUUGUCGUAGCAUGUAUCCUAUUUUGUUUAAAUCAACAACAAGCACCAAACGGACGCAAUAUAAUCGAAGAAUGGCUUAAUGCACUCUCAGACGAAUUAAUAUUACAUCUUGAACGUAUAUCUUCUAAAGGCGUAACUGAUGACCCAAUUUUAAAAUCUUAUGAAAAAGUCGUGGAAUUGUAUGUUUUACAAGUGCUGCCAAAAUUGAGGGACUGGGAUUUAGCUUCAAAAUUCCUUGCUGAUAACGAAGUUAUUAAUAAUGAACGCAAGAAAGUUUAUGAGCAUACCCUCUUGAAAUUAAAAGAGAAGUCUAAUAAACCCACGCCACCUAAACUUAUCAAAUUAAAAAAAGAUAAAUUAAAAAAGGAAGAUGCCAAUGGUCAUCAUGUUAAUGGCUUCUUUACCACUCGAACAGAAAAUGCUCAUAUAAAUGGUUUGGGAAUGUUUGCAAAUAACAACCAAAAAUAUGUUAAUAAUGGAACGUCUUCGUUUUCGUCAAAUAUGAUGAUACGUAACAAUAAACAAUUCAUUCGUUCUUUACACCCUGGAACGAGAACAACGGCGAUAACAACAAAUAGUAGAAACAUUGUAGAUAAUCGACAGAUUCCAUCACCAACAUCAUCUGCUGUUAAUCGUAUAGUAUCAACAUCAUCUACAACUUCUUUUAAUCGUAUGGUGGAAUAUUUUAUGUUGUAUUUGCAAAGGAUGAUGUCAAAAAUGUCAAUUCCUGGAAUCUUUUUUUUCAUCAUGAUAUUGUUCAUGUUUUCAAACAGAACAAAUAUUAAAGAAAAAUUACGCAACGAAUUCUAUAAGUGGUUGGUCAGAUCAUGGCAAACUCUGAAGGCAGGAACAACCAUAACAUAUAUUUGA